AAUCAUUCGACAAAAUCUGCAUUAGAGGCGAAGAAUUUGAUAUUUUUAUUAAAUGGCAACAUUGAUUCUUAGAGUACGAUUUACAAUAGUGAGUGUUUUUAGCUGACACAGCAGCCAAAUAUACGCAAGCACGCAUGUACCCAAGUACGCUUACCAAAUACACAGGUCAAAAAGUGCUUAGUAUUAGUAAUGACUGCCAGAACAGAUGCAGGUUAGAGACUACUGCACUACGUGCUUUCGUGCACGACCAAAAAAUCUGCACCCGGUGGAACGACCCUGCUCCAAAUAACGAAAAGAAGGAUGAUCUUAAAGCCACUGUGGUAGCAACUAGCAGAACGAGGAGCAAGAGGAAGAAAAAGAAGAAGCCUGCAAGCACGGAUAUUUCAGAAGAGGCUGCUGCAAAGAAACGCGAGAAGAUGAAGAUACGGAAAGCUAGAGCUAAGGAGAGGAAAACUGCGGCAGCAAAUGAUGUGCUGGUUUCCUCUAGCUCAGCACCACAUCCUCUUCAAAUAAAUACAGAUUUAAUACCAGCUUCUUCCAUUACGAAGCGCCUUAAAAUGAAGAAGCUCUCUAAGCAGAUGCCAAAACCAGAUAUGCCAGAAACUAAGAAAGCGGAAGGUGGGUUGAUGCCAAAUAAAACCCCAAACAAAAGAAACAAAUAUGCAGACUUAAUCGACCAUAGUCGAAGUCAACCCGGUCCUUCUAAAACUGCAAAAAGAAAAAGGCCCAGUCUUAGCGAGCCAAAUCCUGUCGUAGUAUCUGAGAAGUGUGCGAAGCUCCUCACAAAGACCACCACCGCUGAAGGUGAUCAUCCUGCAACAAUUGAACAUCCCGUUCAUGACCCACUCGUGUUAAAUAAGAAGAGGGUUAGAACGAGGAAGCGGUUCAGGCCAGAAAAGUCAGUAGCAAAAGCGAGGAGUGGAACUGCAGAUUUGCCACAGUGCAAAAAGAAACUGAAGAAAAAAUCGAUUGAUGACAAGUCCACAUCAAAGUCUGAAACCAAAUCUAGCACAGCCGCAGUUAAGCUGAAAUCUGACCAGAACAAAUCACAGGAAAAACGGGAAUCUAUCAAAGGUUCACGUUCGACUUCAAAUGUUUGCGUACCAGACUCACAGAAGAGCAAGUCAGAAGUACUGCGUGAAAAAAUGGUUAACCGGCUAAAUUCGGCAAGAUUUCGUUACAUCAAUGAACAGCUGUACACGAUGCCAAGCCACGAUGCUGUAGCCAUGUUCCGCGAAGAUCCCGAAGCUUUUAUGAUUUACCAUCAGGGAUUCUCUGGACAGGUUUCACACUGGCCAGAAAACCCACUUGACAGGAUUAUCGAAGAUGUAAAGAAAAAGCCAUCAAAGGUUAUAGCUGACUUUGGAUGUGGCGAUGCGAAAUUAGCUCGCUCUGUUCCCAACACUGUGCACUCUUUUGACCUUGUGGCCCUCAAUGAUCAUGUAACAGCCUGUGACAUGUCCAAGGUCCCACUGCAAGAUGGCAGCGUUGACAUCGCAAUCUUCUGCCUCUCCCUCAUGGGCUCGAAUCUUGCUGACUACAUUAAUGAGGCUUGGAGGGUCCUAAUGGUUAGAGGUAUUCUGAAAGUAGUUGAAGUAGAAAGCAGAUUUGAAGACAUCGAUUCAUUCACCACAUCUGUCAAGAAACUGGGAUUUAAACUCAAGUUUAAAGUGAGUAUCAACAAGAUGUUCGUGAUGAUGGAAUUCAAAAAAGUAGAAGCAAAGUCAAAAAAAUGCCCCAGUCUCUCUCUGAAGCCAUGUAUUUAUAAGAAACGGUGAUAAAAGAUGUGUAUACUAUGAAGAGUGUGGUUUUAAUUUCUGCAAUUUUGUUUGCAAUUUGAAAUGUGGGACUCUGUGACACAUAUUUCACUCUGUUUUAUAUAUCAGGGGACAGUGUAGCAAACUUGAUAUUUGGAUCAAUGGACUAUAUGUUGUGAUACAUAUAGAUCUGUAUUGACCUAAAUCUAUGCUGAAUCCAACAUUAUAAAUGAUGUUGCACUGAAAUGUACACAAAUGCUGUACUGUUUAUCGGAUGUAUAAAGAAAUGCAUCUCUGCUGUCAUAUUUCCAAGCAAACGAGAGUGAAAAAUAAAAUCCACUCGUUUACAUAG